CAGACCUUGUAAAUGUUGAGUCUAUAUAAUUUAAAUCGCUUUAGUCACAAUAUUUAACUCAUAAAGUUUCACGAUUUUCAAAAUUUCUUGAUUUGUUCUCGAUUCGAAUUUUGGAAUUUUUCAGCAGUGUUAGCAGCGCGUAUAACAUACUAGUGAACAUGCAAUUAACACUGUUACAGAUGUUUAAAAAAACAGUUCCUGGUCAUAUUUUCCGUGGUAAACGUCGAUUAGUUAAGAAAGUAACUAUGAGUUCUAUUAGAGAAUUACGGAAGGAUUAUGAAAGACAAGAAGCUAAUAUGUUGUUCUUACGGAAUCCUUAUUUGUCUUUGGAAGAAUCAAAUGGACAUACCAAAGAAUUGCAUAAAAGAGAGGAAUUAAUAAAAGUGUGGAACAAUCGAAAUACUUUGGCUAAGCUGAAAACACACAUAACUCUAGAGGACAAAUUAAAUCACCUUAAGGUGAAAGAUGUUUGGGAAUAAAGUUAAGAAAAUCUAUCAGUGUUGAAUAAUGAUUCAUAUUUUUUUGGCCGUUUUAACAAUGGGUAUCUAUUUUAUAGUCGAAUUAAAAUAUACGUUUUAAAAAAUCUCGAAA